GCCCCUCCCCCCGUGCCGCCUUGGGGCAUCCGCGCCGGACGACUUCCGGCGGGGCGAGUGUGGUGGUUCCGCGAACCGGUUCCCGCGGCCGCGGCGACGCGAUGACCACGCUCCGGGCCUUUACGUGCGACGACCUGUUUCGCUUCAACAACAUUAACUUGGAUCCACUUACAGAAACUUAUGGGAUUCCUUUUUACCUACAGUACCUUGCCCACUGGCCAGAGUACUUCAUCGUCGCAGAGGCGCCUGGAGGCGAGUUAAUGGGUUAUAUCAUGGGCAAAGCAGAAGGCUCAGUGGCAAGGGAAGAAUGGCACGGGCAUGUCACAGCUCUGUCUGUUGCCCCGGAGUUUCGGCGUCUUGGUUUGGCUGCUAAACUUAUGGAGCUAUUAGAGGAAAUUUCAGAAAGAAAAGGUGGAUUUUUUGUCGAUCUCUUUGUAAGAGUGUCUAACCAAGUUGCUGUCAACAUGUACAAGCAGCUGGGCUACAGCGUGUACAGGACAGUCAUAGAGUACUAUUCGGCGAGCAAUGGGGAGCCCGAUGAGGACGCUUACGAUAUGAGGAAAGCUCUAUCCAGGGAUACUGAGAAGAAGUCCAUCAUACCAUUACCUCAUCCUGUGAGGCCAGAAGACAUUGAAUAACCAUGAGCAGUGGUUCUUAGGCUGAUAAUGCUCCAAAGAGAAUUAUGGACAAUAUUAUUUUCAUUAGGUGACCUUGGAGCUCUAUUAGGAGAACAGGGGAUCAUUUAGCUCUUAAAGACUUCAAGAAAAUAUAGGUUAUCAAACUUUUAAGUCAUCUUGUUUCCUGUUAGCAAUAUCAUACCUUCUAAAGCUGUUCACUGUAAUAAAAUCCAACCAAAAAAGGCAGUUAGGUGAGAAGGAAACAUUCCACUGUCAUGGCUCAUAACACACUAUUCAUGGUGUGCUAGGGAAAAUGAUUGCUCCAGUCUCCCCCUAAAUUCUGUGCCUGAGAACCACUGCUGCAUAUACAGUUUUUAUUUUGUAUUGAACUUAAGCUUUAAAAGCAUAUAUGAAAUGUAUAAAUCUAAGAUGUAUAAUAAAAUGCACUGUUGACUCUA